AUGUCGCGCUUCUCUUAUUUCACGGCCCUGCUGGCCGCUGUCGCCUCGACGGUGCAUGCCCAGACAUCCACAACCUGCCAGCCCCUGAACGAGACAUGUCCGCCGGAUGUCGCCCUGGGCACCUCGCACACAUGGAAUUUCAGUUCCAAUUCGAUCCUAGAUAGCACCUGGAACAUAACCAACGGUGCUGUCGACUACACGGAUAACGCUAUGAAGUUCUCUAUCGCAAAGAAACUCGACUCGCCCACCAUCCAAUCCAACUUUUACAUCUUCUUUGGCCGAAUGGAAUACCAUGUGCAGGCCGCUCCCGGACAGGGUGUCAUCAGCAGUGUGGUGCUCGAGUCGGACGAUCUCGACGAAGUCGACUGGGAAUGGGUUGGCUCCUCGGACACCCAGGUGCAGUCCAACUACUUUGGCAAGGGCGAGACUAUAGCCGGCACCGGCCUCACUCACAAUAUCUCUGGCUCCACCACCGAUGCCUAUCACAACUACACCACCUGGUGGGACAAGGACAAGCUGGAAUGGUGGUUCGACAACACGUUGCUGCGCACUGUGUACGCCGCAGACGCCAAAAACAGCACUAACACCUGGUAUCCCCAAACCCCAAUGACCAUCCGUCUCGGCAAUUGGCCCGGUGGUGAUCCCGCCCAGCCCGAAGGCCGAAUUAUCUGGGCCGGUGGUAUCAUCGACUAUGACUCUGGCCCAUAUAAUAUGUACGUUUCGCAGAUCAGUGCCCAGGACUUUUCCUCGGGCAAGGAGUAUACCUACUCCGACCACAGCGGAGACUGGAAGAGCAUCAACAUCACAGCUGGCAACUCAACCAUCUCCGACACGCUCAACACCAAGCACGAAACCCUGGCCCAAAAAUGGGCCAACCUGGCUCCUGGUGCCAAGAUCGCCAUCUACGCCUCUGUUGGUGGCGUCCUUGGCAUCGGCCUGAUGGUUCUUUUGUUCUGCUGCAUCAAGCAGCGACGAAUCGGCAAGCGAGAAUGGAACGUCCAAAACAACCGCUUCAUGGAAGAACGGACCGAUAUGAUGAACAUGCAGGCAGAAUGGAGGCAAAAAGGAUAUGUUGAAAUGAAGUAG